AUGGGCAAAAGCAGGAGGAAUCUCCGCGCGCAAGUCCCUCCAGCAGAAAGCCCGGAGGCUACGAACUAUCCUUCGUCGGACGAGAGUGACGCUUCAGAAGCCCAGAGCCCCGUCAGAGAAGACACUAACCCGGUACAUGAGAAGAUGGCGGUCACACAGACUAAAUCCGAGAAAGAGCAGCAGUCGCUCUCCGAUUCCGAGAAGAAAAGACAGACCUUUAUCACACGAACAAUAUGGACCUUUGUCAUGAUAGCUGGCUUCUUCGUCAUCAUAUUUGCUGGCCAUCUUUAUCUGAUCAUUGUUGUCACCGCAGUCCAGAUUGUGUCUUUCAAGGAGGUUAUCGCGAUAGCCAACGUCCCCAGCAAAGCCAGAAACCUCAAGUUCACAAAGUCUCUUAACUGGUACUUUCUUGUGACAACCAUGUACUUUCUAUAUGGAGAGAGCGUUCUCUAUUACUUCAAGCAUAUUCUACUUGUUGAUAGAAUCCUGCUGCCCUUUGCGACGCAUCAUCGGUUUAUUAGCUUCAUGCUAUAUCUUAUAGGUUUUGUGUUUUUUGUUGCAACCCUACAGAAGGGCCAUUACAAGUUCCAGUUCACACAGUUUGCAUGGACACACAUGGCCCUAUACCUUAUUGUUGUCCAGGCACACUUUGUAUUGAACAACAUUUUCGAAGGGUUGAUUUGGUUCUGCAUCCCCGUGUCACUCGUGGUUACGAAUGAUAUCUUCGCCUACAUUUGCGGAAUUACCUUUGGCCGAACGCAACUGAUCAAAUUAUCCCCGAAGAAAACUGUCGAAGGCUUCGUUGGCGCCUGGAUCUGCACUAUUAUCUUUGGGUACGGUGCGACAAUCAUCUUGUCGCGGUACAAGUACUUCACCUGCCCAGUCAAUGAUUUAGGCUCCAACCUCCUGACAGGACUCGAGUGCACACUGAACCCGGUCUUCAAAUCCCAGCCAUACACCCUGCCAGAGUGGACACACCUUAACAGGACCUUCCAUAUUGCUCCGGUGCAAUUCCAUGUCUUUGUCUUUUCCACAUUCGCAUCCCUUAUUGCUCCAUUCGGCGGCUUCUUCGCUUCUGGACUGAAGCGUACUUUCAAAAUCAAAGACUUUGGCGAGUCAAUUCCUGGUCACGGCGGUAUCACCGAUCGAAUGGACUGCCAAUUCAUCAUGGGCCUGUUUGCCUAUAUGUACUACCACAGCUUUAUCGUAGUUCACAAGGCCAGUGUUGGAGGGGUUAUUGAGAGCGCCAUUACCGGUCUAACAGUUGACGAACAAAUAGAGCUUAUCAAGGGGUUAAGCAAAUACUUGUACAAUCAAGGGGUUGUCUCCGAAUCGCUCGUGGAGUGUUUGAGCGGCGAUUAUAGACGACUCCGCCGGUGA